UGCUGCGGUACAACAUGGUAGCCACUCGUUUUGCUAAUAGUUUGGCUCUGACCAUCGCCGUCGUGGUCGGCUGCUGCCUGCUGCCAGCAGUUCAGUCGGCGCCCGGUUGGAUCAACGGCCGUGUGGUGGGCGGCGAAGAGGCCGCCAUCGGCCAGUUUCCGCAUCAGGUGUCGCUGCGUAACGGCGGCUCCCACAGCUGCGGUGGAUCCAUCCUGUCGCGCAACUACAUCCUGACCGCUGCCCACUGUGUGACGAACGACGAGAACGGUGUCCAUGUACCGAUCGCGGCCAGCCGCUUCACGAUCCGUGCGGGCACCACCGAUCGCUUCAGUGGCGGCGUCCUCGUCCAGGUGGUGGAGGUCAUUGUUCAUGAGAAUUACGGCGAUUUCAUCAACGACAUCGCCUUGCUCCGACUGGAGUCGCCGCUCUUCUACUCCGACAGCAUCAAGGCCAUCGAUCUGCCCACGGUCAAUACGCCCGCCGAUGUCGAUAUCAUCAUUUCGGGCUGGGGUCGCAUCAAGCAUCAGGGCGAUCUGCCCCGUUACCUGCAGUACAACACCCUCAAGUCCAUAACCGUUGAGCAGUGCGGACAACUCAUCGACUUUGGGGUGGAGAGCGAGCUCUGCCUGUUGCACCCGGCCGAUAAUGGUGCCUGCAAUGGCGACUCUGGCGGUCCGGCCGUCUACAACAACCAGGUUGUGGGCAUCGCUGGCUUUGUGGUCGGUGGAUGUGGCAGCACCUAUCCCGAUGGCUAUGCCAGGGUUUACUCUUUCAAUGACUGGAUCAGGCAGCACUCGGAUGUUUAAAACUACAUUUUUUUUUAAAUUAUUUUGUUGUUAAAAAUAAAGAAAAACAUCCGCGAAAACUGUGACAAAAUAUAUCCAACGAUGUGUUGAUUAUCCUGUA